UAGCUUCACAUGUAAAACAUAAUAAAAAAUACAAAUGUCAUCUAAAAAUUUUCAGCCAAUCAUAGUACAGUGAAUAUUCUAAGAUUUUCUUAUUGGUUGAUUUCUAGAGAAAUUGGUAGCAGUGUAUCAGCUGCAAAAAUUUUGAUAAAUGGAUGCAUUUGUAUUUUGACAGCAAAACUAAUUUUGUAAAAUUGAUUGCUAUUAUAAAGAAAUACAAAUAUUAUUCAAACUACUUUUGAGUGAAUACAUGCUGAUAUAAACAGUUUUUUAUAAGUAAAUUCUCAAAAUUGUUCUGACAGAAGCACUGUAAACAGAAAAGUCGGCGUCCAUACCAAUUUGGUGUAACGUGUAGUUUUUGAGGAUACAUUAGUUGAUAUGAUCUUUAGAUUAAUAAAACUAUACCAUACAAAUAGCAUUAUGGUAUUAUAAUUAGUAAAACAUUUGUAGAAUGUUUGAGAAACAUUGAACUUUCGAGAUAAAUGUAUUUCUAAUGGGGACUCAAACAUUAUUAGAAGGCGAAUUUAACGUCUUACAAUUUGAAAAGCAACUGACCACUUUGAAGGAUUCUCAAGAGGCUAUUAAUAAUUGUUGUCAGUGGUGUUUACAAAACAGAGCUCAUCACAAAAAAAUUGUCAAUGCUUGGCUAAACGUUUUGAAACGAGUUAAAGUUGAACAAAGACUUAUUCUCUUUUAUUUAGCCAACGAUGUUGUUCAAUAUUCCAAAAGACGAAAUUUGGAAUUCGUCGAAAGCUGGGGCAUCGCUUUACAAAAAGCAACAACAAUGGUUAGGGAUGAAAAGGUUAAACACAAAAUACUUAGGAUAUUUAAAAUCUGGGAACAAAGAUGUGUUUAUAAUGAAGAGUUCAUAUCAGAUUUGUGUGGAUUACUUAGUGUUUUACCUAGUGCUCCUAAAAAUGAUGAGCCACAUGAAUUUCAGCCAAACUAUGUGAUAAAUAAAAUUAAGAACUGUGCUAAACUGGAGAAAGAUACGGACACAAAAUUGAAGCUACUUAAAGAACAUAAUCCCAAGAUUCAAUUAGACGACGGGCUUAUAACAUCGUUGAAAGAUCGUGCUCACAUGGAUGAUGUAGAGAAAGAAAUAGAAGUGUAUAUUACACAUAUGGAAGAAUAUAUGAAUGCGUUGAAAUUGGAAAUAAAAAAUAGGAUAACACUAAUUAGUGUAUUGAAGCAAGCGGAGUCACAACUGGAGGCCGACAGAAAAGAUGUCAAAGUAGUAGCAAAUGCGUAUAAAAUGUUUGGUACCAGAGUCAAAACCUUCCAGAGGAAAUUGGAAGAACAUAAAGAAACAUUAACUAGUCCGAUACCUUCUCCAGAUGUCAAUGCCCCAUCUCCUAGUCCAGAUUCCGAUUUAGAUUUACCUGAGGAAACAACAGAAGAAAUAAUAUCGAAUGUGAAAGAAGUUAUUCCUGCAUUGUAUAAUCCAAAGGCAGAAUUACAAUUUAAUGCUGGAUAUUACACUCCAGUUCAAACGACUACUGCCAAUACCAGUGCUGAUGCGUCCAGCAGUUUUUUGAGUACCAACGGCUUUUCAAGUUUUAUAGGAUCAGAAACUUUUAACUUAGAAAAUUUCAGCAGUAGUCUUUUUAGUAACGUCAGCAACUUUAAUAGUACAAACGAUUCUAGUUUGGAAAACGAGUUCACGUCUCCUGUAACGAAGGCAACACAAAUUAUUCCCGUGCAAGUCGAAACACCAUCGACUCAACAGUCUUUUAAUUACGAUACUAGCCAUAUACCUUUAUUGCCACCUCCGAUGCCACCUUUUUCAAAAUCUGAAGUUACUUUCGGUAAUUCAGGCAGCUAUGGUACAACCACGACAAACUCGAACUCAUAUGGUAAUACAUAUGCGACUCCUUCAUAUGACACAACAAACGUUAAUUACACGACUGAAGAAAAUUUUGGUGAAGAUAUAUUCGAACCACCCAUCGGCGCUAACCCCUAUCCUCCCAGUGAAGAAUACAAUCCCGAAGAUGAAGUUUCUACAUGGGAACCAGAUCCUAGUUGGAAUGGCAUACCGGCAGUUCCAGAUACAGAUACACCAGAAAGUCCUCCGAUGUUCGAAAAAGAAGGUUACAAUAAUCCUAUCGAGUACCACGAUGCUAUAAUACCACGUGGCGUGCUAGAUGUAGAUCAUAGAGUUCUUCCUGGAAUAACUAACGAACUGGAAGAUUCUAUGGGUAGUCUUGGAACUAAAGAUGUGGAUCAUCGAAAUCUUAUAAGUCUGACGGGAUCACCUGGUCAAUCGAAUUCCCAAACUUCUCUACCGGAUGAUGUGUGGAAUCAAACAGACCAGGAUUAUAGGAUACCCCCACCGAUGGUUCAAUCUCAUAGAAAUAGGGAUCAAGAUUAUAGGUUAGGUUUCAAUUUGGAUCAGUUAAAACUUCCACCGCCGCCUCCGCCACCUACGAAAUUUCAAGAUCAUCACGAACCGCCGACUCUUUUACCCGUCGAAAAAUCGAUUUCGCCGCCGCAAGUUUCCUCACCAGAGAAUGUCGAUAUGGAUAUGAGCGACGACGAAGGCAGGCACAAACACGACAACUUGAAGGUGAUCAUUGACGGUACAAAAAGUGAUGAUCAGUCGUUCUUGUUGGAACCGCCUCCACCUUUACCGGAGCUUCUCGAUGACGUUGAUACUAAUAAUUUCCUCGAUGAUCUCAAUACCGAUGUAAGCGGCGAUUUUGGAAACAUGGAAAAUUUAGAAGAAUCUCUAAAUACGUCUAUGCUUUUACCGCCUCCUCCCAUGAUGAAUUUCAAUGAAUUGGUAGGUCCUCCGUUAAUGCCGCCACCAAUGAAUUCGUCGUUACCUCCGCCACCGCCUUUACAACCGCCUCCUAUGAUGAUGGGUCAAUCGGGACUUGUACCGCAUCCGAAUCCGUGGAUACGCGACGAGGAAUUAGAUCUUAUGUCCGUAAAUAGUCAAGGAAAUACCGAUGAGAAUAAUUGGUCAGACGAAACGUUUCCGUCAGAUAUGGAUCCUCAACAGCUUCAUUGGAUGGGUCAUCCUAUGAUACAUCCUGGAGGUAGUCCCGGAUUUCGAGGUAGAGGAAAUAGAGGAUUCUUCAUUAAAAGAGGACGAGGUCGAGGCGGCCAAGGACAGAAUUUUCACCAAGAAAAUUUCAGAGGUAACUUCAGAGGACAUUGGGGUAAUCGAGGAGGGAAUAACAGGGGCAACAGAGGAUUUUUUCAAAGAGGAGGUAACAAUUUCCGAGGAAAUUUCAGGGGUGGGUUUUGAUAUAAGUAGUUUAUUUUAUAGCAUAGUCGAACUGUUGAGUUUUGUGUUUUUUUUACUAUAAGGAUUGAUUAUUAUUUAAAUAUUUCUGACGGUAAGAACAAAUACAGGAAUCAUAAAAAAUAUACUUGUUGUUUGUACUAAGUUCUCAAUUUUUUAUGUUCAAACGUUUCGUCUAGAUUUUGUCCGCAGUUCUUUACACCGCCUAUCCGUUCUAUCCUUUUGCUUGUUUAUAAUUUAUUUAGAUCAGAUUGCAUUCUGACAAUAAGUUUUUUUUUUAUAUAUUCGAUUAUUAAUUUUUUGAAUUAAGAUCUUGUUUACAUCUAUCUUUGUGGAAGAAGUUUUUGGAUUUGAAUAAAUCACAUUAAAAGUUUACUCUCAUAUGGUGGUUGUAUUACUCUAUAAUGUUUAAACCAAGGUUGUUUACUGAUUUAGAUUUUUCAGAUCAAAUCCGUGGAUACUGUUAGUCCAGGUUGGUACUGAUAUUCCAAUAGUCUUAGUUUGUACUACAUAUUUUGUUAUACAAUAUUUUUAGUUGUUUCUGGAAGAUAGUUGCAUAUGUUGACUUUUUUCACCAAUCUUUAGAUUAAUUGGCAGUUACUGUUGACGAUUUUCAGCUUCAUACUCGAUCAGUUCAAUUUAUGGAAAAUACCAUGAGCGAAGGCAAUCUUUAUAAACAUUCAUGGGGUUAAAUUUAUGGAAAGUUGAGUUUCUUACAUAUGUCGUACAUAUUUUAUCUAUCAAUGUACAAUUCUUUAGAAUAAUCGGUCAUUUAAUGUAGACUAUUUUCAUUUAUUCCAUUUCUAAAAAGUACCAUGAAUGAAGGCAAAGAGGUAUACCUUGACGAUCUUUCUAACUUUUCUGGGGGUAAAAUCACAAAAAUUUGAGUUACCUGUACAUGUCGUACUUAUUUCAUCUGUCAAUGUACAUUUCUUCAGAAUGUUCCGUUAUUUAGUGUAUACCUUAAAGAAAACCUGGUAAGUUAAUUUGUAUCAGUAUGUUCCUAUGGUUUCGUUCCCAUAUGUUCUUGGCCCCCCAUGGCCACAUAACGUUGUUGGAUGAAAUUAAUCAUUCAAAAUUAGAUUCUUAAUUUGUUUUUUACGAAUUUCACCAUCAUCAUUCUAUUUUUUAUCGUCUGAAAUAUUAAAAUAUUGAUAUACAGAAUCAGAUUUUUUUUGUUUUUUUUCCAAAAUGAAAACGUGUGUGUAUAUAUAGAUAUAUAUAAAUUUAUUAUAUGUUUACAUUGUUCGUUUUUUUUUCUAUCCUGUUUGAUGUAAAUAUUUCAAUUUUGUUUCUUAAAAGAGUGGAUGUUGUUUUGUCAUGUAACAUGAUUUUUUUCCUUAAAAAAAUAUUGCCUAAGUUUUCAAUCACUAUUUUAAGAAAUAAAAGCAAUUCACUAGAGGUACAAUUCGAAAGUAAAAUGUACAAAGAUUUAUUUAUAAAAUAAAUGAUAAUUAUCGGGGCAUUGUUUUAAUAAAAAGAAGCAAUAAUAAAGUUUCUAGUUCCCUUC